AUGGAUCUUCAAAACAAAUUUCCAGUCGAAAUUAUUAAAGAUAUCGUCUACUAUCUUCCUUAUAACCAAAUAUGGCUAUUCACUUUAUCAUCAACACCCAUACUCUCAAGAUUUGCUUAUUCGUUUUUAUAUGAAAGAUUAAUUAUCCUUGAAAACUCCUUACCUAGUGAUAACUCCACUUAUGAAGUAACUUUUAAAAAACAGAAACAUCAUGAGUGUUUUUGCAUUUUAGAUAUCAACGAUUUAGAAAAAAAUAUUAAUUUAUUUAGAGAUAAUUUAAAUUUUACUAAAUAUUUAUCAUUUAGAUUUGAAAUUAAAGAAAAUUCUACAGACGAUUUUCAAUUUUUAAAAUUAAUUCAAAAUAACACACUUUUUUUUAAUAAUUUACAAAAAAUUUCGUUUAAGUCUUUACGUAAUUACAAUAACACUAAUUUUGAGAAAAAAUUAAAUCAGUUUUUUUUUAUUAAAAAUAAAUUAAACUAUCUUCAAAUCAAUGGUUUAAGUUUGAAUUAUGUUAACAAUUUUAAUGACUUGGAAAUCUUUCAAUAUUUUAAUCCCAAUUUAACUUCCUUAUAUUUGCAUCAAACCAAUUUCAAAGGUUUUCCAAAAGAAUAUAUAAAAAAUCUCAUUAGUUUAAAGAAAUUGGUAUUUAAUAGAAAUUUUUUAUUGCUUCCUGGAGAUAAUGAUGAUCUGAAUAGCAAGAAAUUAUCUAUUAAAUUAUGGUCAAAUUUAAUUAAUUUAAAAUAUUUAGAAUUUUCAAGCUGUUAUCUAUCUCAACUACCUGAUAUCAACCAUCUAACUAAUUUGAAGUUUUUAAAAUUAACAAAAAAUCGUAUUGAUUCGUUUGCUAGUUUUAGUCAAUUACACAACUUGAAAUAUUUAAUUAUUGAUGGAGAAUAUUAUAGUUCAAGAUCAACAUAUAGUAUCAGCUCAUUGGAUAAUUUUACAAAUUUGAAAGUCCUAAAAUUAAGUCGAUGGAAUUUAAAUGAGAUUCCCAAAUGUAUUAAUACAUUUAAAGACCUUGAAUCAUUAAAUUUAUCAUCGAAUAGUAUUACCAAAAUUGAAAAUAUUGAUGAAUUGAAAAAAUUAAAAGAAUUAAUAUUAACUAAUAAUUCCAUCAAAGUAAUUGAGAAUAUUGAUGAUUUAGAUGAAUUGGAAUGCUUAAAUUUUUCAUCAAAUAAUAUAAAUGAUAGUAAAUUAAACAAAACAUUGAAAAACUUAAAGAUAUUAGAUUUGAGUGCAAAUUCUAUAGUAACAUUUGAGAAUAAAUAUUUUUUUCAAAAGUUUGAAAAUAUUGAAAAAUUAGAAUUGGGAUUUAAUAAAGAAGUGAAAUUCAAAGAUUUGAAAUACUUGAAAAAUUUACGAUGUUUAAAUGUUGAAUUUACCGAAAAUGAAUUUAUUUUUAAAAUUAAUGAUUUCAAAAAAUUGACUAAAUUAGAGGAACUCAAUCUAAGAAAUAGUGGGAUUGAAGAUGGAUCAUUUUUUAAAGUUUUACCUCAAUCAGUCAAAAAACUUGAUUUAUCUCAUAACUCCAUUGGUCAUUUUUCAAUUAAUGAUGAAAAUGAUGGCGAUGAUGAUGAAAAUGAUGGUGACGAUGAUGAAAAUGAUAAUGGCAAUACUUCAACUGCAGUUUUGAAUAAAAAUAUGCUUUUAAUUAUGGAUAGAGAUGAGAAUGAAAGCGAUUUUGAUAAAGAAGAAAAUCAAGAUGGAAUGUAUUUUAAACUCCAAUAUGCUCCCUAUAAUAAUCUGCCUAGGGGAGAUAAAUCUAAUAAAGAUAAAGAUAUAAAUGGGAGCGAUAGUGACAGCGACAGUGAAGAUGACAAAGAGAAGAACGAUAAUACUGCUGAUUAUAAUAAUUUGUAUAUUGAAAAAUUGGAUUUAUCAUUUAAUGAAAUUAAAAAUGUCAAAUUUCUCAAUUCAUUUACUUUUAAGAAUUUAAAAUGCUUAAAUUUAUCAGAUAAUGAUAUUGAGGAAUUUAAAGUUGAUGAAUUAAAUUUUGUAAAGAAUUUGGAGGAAUUGAACUUAUCCUACAAUUAUUUGGACAAGAUCGAUCCUAAUGUUAAAAAAAUUGAAAAACUACAGACUUUGAAAUGUUAUAAAAAUGAAUUUAUUGAUAUCGAUAAACUUGAAAAAUUAAUUGAGGACUUUAAGAAUAUAGAUACAAAUGAUAGUGAGAACACUAAUACUAGUAAUAAUAAAAUUAAGCAUGAAAAUGAAGAGAUUGAUUGUGGAAAUAAAAAAAGAAAAUUAACAUGA